UUUGGUCUCUGGAUUAGCCUCUGGUCUGUGGUGCUGCUGAAUUCUAAAGAGACGCAGGCGGAGCUCGGCUGGACCUCCUUCCCCCCCAACGGAUGGGAGGAGAUCAGCGGCGUGGACGAGAAGUACAAGCCCAUCCGCACGUACCAGGUGUGUAACGUGAUGGAGCCCCUGCAGCAGAACAACUGGCUGCAGACGGGCUGGGUGGCCAGGAGGGGGGGCCAGCGCAUCUUCGUGGAGCUGCAGUUCACCCUCCGAGACUGCAACAGCAUCCCGGGCGUGGCUGGGACGUGCAAGGAAACGUUCAACCUCCUCUACGUGGAGUCCGACCGCGACCUGGGCGGCGUCACCAGAGAAGACCGCUACACCAAGAUCGACACCAUAGCGGCGGACGAAAGCUUCACGCAGGGAGAUCUGGGAGAACGGAAGAUGAAACUGAACACCGAAGUGAGAGAGAUCGGGCACCUGAACCGAAAAGGCUUCCAUUUGGCGUUCCAGGACGUGGGAGCGUGCGUGGCCCUGGUGGCGGUGAGGGUGUACUACAAGCGCUGUCUGGCCACCGUGCAGAACCUGGCCGUGUUUCCGGACACGGUGGCGGAGGCGGCGUUCGCGACCCUGGUGGAGGUGAGGGGGGCGUGCGUGAAUAACUCAGAGGUGGAUACGGACAGUCCUCCCAGAAUGCACUGCAGCGCCGAGGGGGAGUGGCUGGUUCCGAUCGGGAAGUGCAGCUGCAGCGCGGGGUACGAGGAGGGGCAUAGCAGCUGUGAAGCGUGUCCCCCCGGCUCGUACAAGAUGUCCUCCCGUCAGCAGGAGUGUUUUCCGUGCCCUGAGAACAGCGUCGCAGAAGAGGACGGCUCCAUUGUGUGUGUGUGUAAAGAGGACCACUUCAGAACGCCCCUGGACACGCCCUCCGCCCCCUGCACCCGACCCCCCUCUCCCCCUCGAGACCUGGUGUACUCUCUGAAACAGUCGACGCUGGUGUUGGAGUGGGCGCCCCCUGCUGACAGUGGGGGGAGAGCGGACCUGUCGUACAGUGUGGGCUGCAGGAGGUGCACCCCCGGGCGAUGCGAUCCGUGCGGGGCCAGUAUCGGUUUUGUGCCGCAGCAGAUCGGCCUGACGGAGAGGACGGUUACCGUGGUGAACCUGUUACCCAACACCAACUACAGCUUCACUGUGGAGGCGCUCAACGGAGUCUCAGAGCUUCUGCCCAAGAAGAGGUUCUACACCCAGGUCAACGUGUCCACCAGCCUGCCCGUCCCGUCUCUGAUCAGUGAGCUGAGAGCUGAGAAGAUCGAGGAGAAGAGUGUGACUCUGGUUUGGAGAGAACCCAACGACCCCAACAGGAGCAGGCCCGAGUACGAAGUCAAGUACUACGAGAAGGAGCAGAAGGACCAGAGCUACUCCACCGUGAAAACCGCCGCCACCCGAAUCAGCGUCAACAACCUCAAACCCGGGACCACCUACGUGUUUCUGAUCAGACCCUUCUCCAGCGCGGCGCCCCCUUCUGGCCUGGCCCCGCUCUCCUCCUCCUCCUCCGCAUCCUCCGCGUCCUCUGCAUCCUCUUCUUCCUCCUCGGCGUCGUCUUCUGCCUCCACCUCCUCGGCUCCUCCCAUCGACUACGGAGCCUACAGCGCCCCCCUGGAACUGCAGACGCUCGGGGAAUUGGCGUUGGCGUCGAGCGAGCAGAACCCGGUGCUGAUCAUCGUGGUGAUCUCUGUGGCGGCUCUCAUCAUGCUGCUGUCCAUGGGAGUGGGUCUGCUCAUCUGGAGGAGACAAUGCGGCUACAGCAAGGCGUCUCAAGAGGGCGACGAGGAGCUCUACUUCCAGUUUAAGAUUCCGACUCGGAGGACAUACAUCGACCCAGAGACUUGUGAGGACCUGAUGCAGGCCGUCCACGCUUUUGCCAAAGAACUGGACAACUCCAGCAUCAAGAUCGAACGCAUCGUACACACAGGUGACUUCGGGGAGGUGUGCCGCGGCUGUCUGAAGCUGCCCAGUAAACGUGAGCUCCCCGUGGCCAUAAAGACGGUGCGGGCGGGGUGCUCGGACAAACAGAGGAGGGCUUUUCUGUGCGAGGCCGGGAUCCUGGGCCAGUUUGACCACUCCAACAUCAUCAGACUGGAGGGCGUCAUCACCACCGGUAACACCAUGAUGAUCGUGGAGGAGAGCAUGUCCAACGGCUCCCUGGACGCCUUUCUCAGGAAACACGAGGGCCAGCUGAGCGUGAUCCAGCUGAUGGACAUGCUGACCGGAGUGGCCUCAGGGAUGAAGUACCUGACCGAGAUGGGCUUCGUACACAAGAGGCUCGCCGCACACAAGGUGCUGGUGAAUUCUAACCUGUGCUGUAAAGUGUCCGGGUUCAGGCCCCUGCAGGAGGACAAGAUCGAGGCCGUCUACACCACACUGCAUGGGGGUAAGAGUGUGGUGCUGUGGUCUGCUCCGGAGGCCAUCCAGUAUCACCGCUUCUCCUCGGCCUCCGACGUCUGGAGCUUCGGGAUCGUCAUGUGGGAGGUGAUGUCCUACGGAGAGAGGCCCUACUGGGACAUGGGCCACCAGGACGUGAUAAAGGCGAUAGAGGACGGCUUCCGGCUGCCUGCUCCUGUCAACUGCCCCCCUCACCUGCACCAGCUCAUGUUGGACUGCUGGCAGAAGGAGCGCACCGAGAGGCCCAGCUUCAGUCAGAUCCACUCAGCGCUCAGUAAAAGUAUACGCUCUCCAGACGCCAUCGGCUCGUCCACGCUCGCACGCAGGACGCUGAGCUCGUCCAUCACGAUAGCAGAGCGCCCCCUGCCCACGUUCCCCGGCUUCAGCUCAGUGGGGGAGUGGCUGGACGCCGUGGACAUGGGACGAUAUAAGGACAACUUCACUGCGGCCGGAUACUGCUACUUAGAGUCUGUGGCAAGGAUGACUGUGCAGGACGUCAUGAGUCUUGGCAUCACCUCGCUGGAGCAUCAGAAGCUCAUCCUCACCGCGAUACAGACUCUGAGAGCGCAGGUCAUUCAAAUGCACGGGCGAGGCGUACAAGUCUAG